UCUAUACGUCUAGGGUUUCGAACAACGAAGCAAAAUACCACACAGCGACGAUGGAGAACAGCGAAAACGGCGGCGUCGAGCCCAAGCAAAAGAACAAGGGCAAGCACCGCAAGCCAAAACCUUGGGAUGACGACCCAAACAUUGACCGCUGGAAGAUUGAGAAGUUCGACCCUUCUUGGAACGAAGGUGGCAUGCUUGAAGUAACCUCAUUCUCCACGCUAUUCCCUCAAUACAGAGAAAAAUAUUUGCAAGAAGCCUGGCCUAUAGUGAAAUCUGCUUUGAAAGAGUAUGGCAUUUCAUGUGAACUGAAUCUGGUUGAGGGUUCCAUGACAGUCUCUACAACCAGAAAGACUAAGGACCCAUAUAUUGUUGUCAAAGCUAGGGAUCUUAUCAAACUUUUGUCAAGAAGUGUUCCUGCUCCUCAGGCAAUAAAAGUACUGAAUGAUGAAAUGCAAUGUGACAUCAUCAAGAUUAGUAACUUGGUGAGAAAUAAGGAACGAUUUAUUAAACGGCGGCAACGUCUCAUGGGCCCCAAUUCGUCCACUUUAAAGGCACUUGAAAUACUGACAGGCUGUUAUAUUCUGAUCCAAGGAAACACUGUUUCUGCAAUGGGUUCAUUUAAACCAUUAAAGCAAGUCAGGAAGAUUGUGGAAGACUGCAUGCAGAAUGUAAUGCAUCCCAUAUUUCAUAUCAAGAUUCUCAUGGUGAGGAAAGAACUUGAAAAGGAUCCAACACUAGCACAUGAGAGCUGGGAUAGAUUUCUUCCGAAGUUUAAGAAGAAAAAUAUUAAUCAAAACAAGGUUAAGAGUAAAGAGAAGAGACCAUAUACACCUUACCCACCUCCUCCACAACCUAGUAAGAUUGACAUACAAUUGCAAACUGGAGAAUACUUUUUGAAUGACAAAGUGAAAUCAGCAAAGAAGUGGCAAGAGAGGCAAGAGAAGCAGACUGAAAAAACUGCAGAAAACAAGCGAAAAAGAGAAGCUGCUUUCAUCCCUCCAAAGGAGCCUGUAGUUCAGGAUACCAAAUCUGACGAUGGUGGCAAAGACCUGGCUGCCAUGGCCAUAUCUUUAAAGAAAAAGGCAAAAGAGUACGGAAGACAAAACUCGGCUGAGAAUGUAAAUGCAGAAGCAUAUAUUGCGGAAUCUGGUGAACCUUCCAAAAAGAAAUCCAAGCGCAAGCAUUCUUAGAUAUUUUGAAUUGUGUGUUGUGAUAUGUUGCCUCAUAGAUGAGUGUUGGAUGUGUAUGAUCUGAUCAAACUUGACUCAUAUUUUUGUCUGUGCAUCCAGUAAGUUAUCGUCGUGUAUGCAAGGCGUUAUCUAAACUUACAAAUCAAAUGUAUUAAACAAAAGAACUUAACGAGCAACUUUUCAAUUUAGUUAACAAA